UACCGGCAGGCCUUCACGUGUUCCGGAGCGUCUGCUCUUGACAGUGAACGGAGUCAGUGAGUCAGAGAGCGCUCGGCUGCUGCUCCGCUCUUCUGCUGCUGCAGCGCCCGCGUCGGAUUUCUUCGCCUCGUCUGAUCGCACGCUCUUCGUCGCAGCCGGCCUCGUGGGGCAAUUCUAGCACAUCGAUCGCAUUUCAACAUGUCAGGUGGAAAGGUUUCAUUCAAGGUGACCUUGACCUCCGAUCCAAAGCUUCCAUACAAAGUUUUCAGUGUGCCGGAGGAGGCCCCUUUCACAGCUGUGCUGAAAUUCGCAGCUGAAGAGUUCAAGGUUCCGCCAUCAACCAGUGCCAUCAUCACUAACGAUGGUGUUGGUAUCAACCCACAACAGAGUGCAGGAAACGUCUUCUUGAAGCACGGCACCGAGUUGCGAUUGAUUCCUCGGGAUAGAGUGGGCUGUGUUUGUUAACUAUUUAUAAUGGGUCGCUCGCGGCACCGGGUAUUUCAAUCAAACGGGACCGUUUGAUACCUGUAAAUUAGGAGCAAAAGGGCCUUAAAGAGUUCAAAAGUAAAUCUGUAUUAUGGUUCACGACUGAUUUAUUAAGUUGCGAAUUUAUAGUUUCAAUCUCAUUCAUAAUUUGCAAGAGAGUCUGUCACGACGGAAUUUUUUCUCUAAUGAAAACUUCUCAUAUAUUGUUCACUUGAUCUGGUAGUUUGGUUGUUCCCGAUGAGGUAGGGCUUGUAAAGUUUUCAUACCGUCAACCUAGUUAUGGUUGACAUUCUUCCAACUUGAUAUAAUUGAAGUGGAAGGGUUACUACUAAUUCCUAUGAAUGUAGACUCUCAUAUAGUCGAGAACAACAUAAUUCACGUUGCAGCGUAUUUUUAGC